CACACCACACACUCUUGUAAAUCUAAGAUUUGAGCUCCUAUAUAUAAAUAUAUGAGAAACCCUCAAACCACAACCAGCUUAAAAAUCUUUCAAGACCCCCAUCAAAGCUUAAACUCCUUUCCCAAUUCACAUCUUCAAUAUUUUCCAAGGAGCUGCUUCUUCAGCCAGAACAGAGAGGAGAAGAAAUGGAUCAAACUGAGUACCACAGCAAACAAACCUUGACUCAGUUGGUAAACAUUCAAUUUCUAAAAAAGAUCACACAGUUGCUGGUCUCAGUUUCUGUGUUUUCUUACUUCUUUUCUUACCCAUCUUUGUUUUCUUUCCUCCAAUCUUUCAACUUAUACUUCUCUACAUUCCCUUCCCAUCUGUUCUCCCACACAAUAGACAAAAACUGCAUAUUUCUCCUAUGCAAUGGACUCCUAGUUUUCCUUGCUAAAUACUCUGGCCUAACAAGUUCUCUGUCCGGGUCUAAUCAUAAUGAAGAAUCCUUCAAAAGUGCUGGAGAUGGUUUGCAACCCGAACCAUUGAUAAUAUUGGAGACCAAAGAGGCAAUGUUGGAUAAGGAGGCUUUGGUGGAAACCAUUGGUUCUGCAGAAAUUGUUGCUGUGGAACAACAUGGAAGAGAAAUGGACCAUUUCAUCAAAGAAGUCGAAAAAGAAACUGACGAGUCAGUGGUGGAGCAAGGAGGAAGAGGAGAAGAACAAGAACAUGAAGAACAAGAAGAACAAGAAGAAGGAAAUGGGAUGUUGAGUACAGAGGAACUGAACAAGAAAUUUGACGAUUUUAUUAGAAGGGUGAAGGAAGAAAUAAGGAUUGAAGCUCAACAACAACUAGUCAUGGUUCAGUAAUCCCCCUUAAUUAUCUGUUUACUCACAAAAUUAUCAAAAAUCUGUAGCUCCAAUAGUUGUUCAUCACCCUUCUUCUGUUAGCCGUAUGUGAAAUAUGUACUCUAGGAAAUCUCUAUUCUCCUGUUUGUUUCUUUUUCCUUGGAGGGGAGGGCAGGAAGAAAGAUCUGUUUGUGGUUUGUAGUACAUCAAUGUUCAUUGCAAUGAUAUUAUUACUAAUGGGAAGCUUUAUCCUAAUU